UCUCGAGGCCCGUCGUACGACACUCCCUGGCGAAGCCCUGCAAUUAUCGCGCAAGGCCACAACAACCUCCCCAAGUCGCCUGCAAGCUUCCUUCGCUGAUCGCGCGCCGCAUCUCCGCCAUUCUGGUCGCUGAGUAGAUGGCUGAAGUACAGACCUACGCGUGACUUAUGCGCUCUUGCGCUGUGCUCGCCGUGCUUGUAGCUUCUCUACUCGGCCGGGCUUUCCAUAGCCUAUACAGCCGGCCACGCGUAGCGCGCGCUCCCGCCCGCCAUCGCCCGCGCCACUCAACAAACCUGCUUUAUACCGUAGAACACGAUGCCGAACACUGUCGUCCGUCACUCCGAGCGUCUGCAGGAACGCGCUCACCCGUCUGGGAACGCCCCUACAGUCUACAGGCCAGCACCAUGGUCGACAUCUUUUUGCCAAGAUCCCAUCGGCCGUCUUGAACGAGGCGCGGUGCGGAAACUCUCGAGCAAAGAUUGGCCUGGUUUCCGUCGCGACGUGGGCCUUGCGGCUCCCUGCGCGCGCUUGAUCGCUAGCCGGUCUCAAUCAAUUCGCUACAUACACGCUCGCGUCUCGACUCUGACCGGGCAACUCGUCAAGUGCUUAUUCAUACUUGCUGGCGCAUCGAGCAGCGCGGCCGCACCGCGCGCUGGCCAACGUAGCGGAGUACAUGCAUGUACAUUUGUCCAGUCCAGGCUGUGUCCAGCACAUCCGUCAAUCAACUUGCUUUGUCUUGUACCGCCCGAUGUAAUUCACACUUACAGCUGUCAAUGGGCGGCGGCAGGACGCGUCUCCCCCGUAAGGUCCGUAACACCAGCGCGUUUACGAAAUUCUAAAAUAUCCAGGUGCGUCUUGAAGGUGGGCGCAAGGAAGAACUCGAAUCGCGCGUAUCAUUAAACACAGCGAUAUCGUGGCGGACUGGUAGAUAUAAUUAUGUGAUUCGGCGAGAU